AUGGCACAACAACAUCGAGAGAAUAUUUUGUAAGUUUGAUUUAAACUGAAAAUGAAUAUAAUAUCGAGAGUUUUGUUUAUGUAAUUCAUUUCUAUAUUUUCAGGAGAAAUCAAUUCAUUUCCGAUCUCGAGAAUGCCGAACUCAAUCGCCAGCUUUGCGCCGUUGCUACAGAUGAAAUGUUCGAGUCCUGGUCGCCAGAGACGCAAGAGCAAGUUCUAUUUGAAUGGAAUGACUGGCAAGAAGAAUCGGAGAAGUCUGGGUUAUGUUGUAAUGAUUGUGGUCGCGUAUUUAAGCGUUCGGACAACCUCAACCGGCAUAUGAAAACUCACAGUGACAAAGAUCAUGAGUGCUCGCGUUGUCAUAAAACGUUUAAUCGGAAGGUACGUAAUUUACAGGGAUAUAUCUCAAAACUUAGAAAAGUAUUUUGAGUUAAUAAUGUCUAUUUAUAUUAUUUCAAGGAUGCUUUGAACCGACAUAUGAAAACUCACAGUCACAAAGACCACGAGUGUUCGCGUUGCCACAAAAAGUUUAAUCGAAAGGUACGUAAUUUACAGGGAUAUAUUCCAAAUCGUAGUAAGGUAUUUCGAGUUAAUAAUAUCUAUUUAUAUUAAUUCAAGGAUGACUUGAACCGACAUAUGAAAACUCACAGUGACAAAGACCAUAAGUGUUCGCGUUGCCAUAAAACGUUUAAUCGAAAGGUACGUAAUUUACAGGGAUAUAUUUCGGAACAUAGUAAAGUAUUUUAAGCUAAUAAUAUCUACUUAUAUUAUUUCAAGGAUGAUUUGAGCCGCCACAUGAAAAUGCACGAACGAAGAGGCGCCGAAAGGGAGUAUACUUGUAAUGAUUGUGGUGAGGUGUUUCGAAAUAUAUUCCCCUUACAAGCCCAUCAGCGGGAUGUUCAUCAGGUUGGUGGUGGGAAACGUACCAAGACGAACAGGGUGGACUUUCGUCUACGCAUGCGCGAGAAACGUAAGCGUGGAGUGCACGUGAGCGCGGGUUAAUCGCGUGACUGAAUUAUAAAAACAAACAUCAAAUUUGCCAAAACUACUCGUGUUAUGAAGUCGUUUUCUUGUUUCUUUAGUGUUUCUACGCUCACAAUUUUAGGCAUUUCCAACUUAGAAGUGUUUGCUUAGGAAUAAGAACGUGAAAGUAGAAAUAAAAACUUUGUUGCAGCAGUUUAAUUUCGCAGUGCAAAUAUACCUGUUUUUAAUAUGUAUAUCCUUUUCGAAGUGAGAUAUACAAGUGCAAAUUGACCUUCUUUAAAUUCGUACUUGCCCUAUUUUUCACUACAUAAAAACUACUUCUAUCCAUGGAGAAACUAUUUGUCUCUAAAAAUAAGCUUGAAUUUUUGUGGUGAUAUAGGCUCGUUUCUUUGCAAACAGUGAUUUAGUACUCGGUAGUGUAGUCCUUGUUUAUGAACAAGAGUCUAAAAUGAAUUCAACAUCUGUCAACAAAAAGGAGACGCGCUUAUUACUACUCUGUAGAGGAUAGAAAAUUAAUUUAAUUCACUAGGAACUCGUUCUACAAUAUAAACUAGAAAUCGGCCAACAAAUUGCCACGAAAUACUACAAUGAAAAUAGGGCCUCUGAACUACCAAUUUCACCGAACGGUCAAGUUUCUCUGCAAAGAUCGCCCCUUUGCCCAAUUUUCCUCGAGUAGAUCAUCGUGUUUUUAAGUCAAGGAUUAUGUAUACUUUAACAUAAAAGAAUAAAAAAAGUGGUGAUAAAGGGUAGAUUUUGAAUAAAAUACGAAUAUCUGUAUACAAGAUCUGAGCGUUAUUAUGAAGCACUCGAUACUUUCUCCAACAACAUAUGGCGCUUAUUUUUUUACAAAAUUAAAAAUAUUCACACAUUAAAGAUAUGAAAAUGUAGCUUGCAUUACAAAGAAAUGUUGGCUUACCUAAGUUAUACCUUACACGUCGAUUAAAGUCAAGUAAAGCCCUUUCAAAGACGCGUGCCACAUUAAACUACAGGUCACAUGGCGGUAGAGAACUCGACGAAGUAUUCACGAUAUUUCAUAGCCAGCUUAAACGCCACUGUGUACUAUUCCUGUGAAUUAUGAUGCCCAACACACCGGGUAACACAAUUUACCACUUUGUUCGGCUGUUCCAAGUACACUUUUAAGAUACAAGGUCCGAUCAUAUCAUGUUCUUCGAAGCAUCUGCUCAAAACAGCACAACAUAAAUGUCGCCACUCAUCUUCUUCGUAUGAAAAUAUAAGUUUUUCUUUCAAUUGCUUUGCUUUAAAAACAGUCAUUAGGUUGUUGAAGAGUUAGCCUGCAAGUUCCAAAGAAAAAAACCCCGAUGCUUUCAAAAACCAGUGAAUCACAAUGCAGAAAACUUCAACAUCCUUAGAAAUUGUAAGCAAAACAACAAAAAGCUAAAUUUGCGGGAAAAAGCUCACGAGCCCGCACUAUUUUUAUGCAGCGUCGACAAAAGUCCACCCUGUUACCAAGACGUCGACCGGGCGAACAAAAAGGCAAAGAACUGAUGAAUCAGGUAUGUAUAAAUGAAAAUAUUUCGAUUACUAAUUUUGUAUUUAUACAGAUAUUUUUUCUCUUUUAAGAACCACCAACAUCUUCGACAUCGGUGAACGAAGGUAAGAGAGUAUAUUCUGUGUAAUAAUUUGAGUUAAAAUCAUACUAAUACACUUUUCUCCUUUUCAGGGGCAUCUACGUCUACAGUCGUCAACGAAGGUAUGAAAUUCAAUUUUUUAUACCGUAUAUAGUAUAUUGAUUGUGGUGAUUUGAUGUGUAUAUUGACAAUGUUAAUUACUCGGUUUUAAAACAUUGCCUGAAAUCCUAACGUUUACAUUUGAAAAAUAUUUUCAUGCUGUUUUCAUGUUGUUUCACUGUUUGUGUUUUGAAAACCUGAUAAAAAUAUUCGAGUAACUUUUAAGCGUGGGUUUAUAGUGUGGAGUGUUCCUAAUUAUUCGUGUUAGACUUAUGUUCAUUUGCUUUAGAACUAUUAAUUUAUGUCAUUGUACGAGUAUUUAUCAUUUAGUAACAUUCGCUAGCGUUUUAUAGUGAGGUAAAAAUAAUUUUUGUUGCGUGGGUUUAUCAUGUUGCUAUGUGAAAUUUGCAUGUUACUAAUUUAUUCAUGUUAGACUUAUGUCGAUUUUUUAUGAAUCGGGUGUUUGUAUGACAAAAUUAGUGCGAAGCUCUAGACAAAAAUAAAGAAUCGGGUGUUAUUUCUAUAGGACCCCAACCGUUCCCUCAAGACCCCCUAUUACCCCCAUCUAACCUGCCUUCCCAACUUCACCGAGAUCAUUGGCGUGCUAUACGUACGCGACAAAGCCGAGGCAACCGAGUGCAAGAUUGGUACAACUAUCGUCUAAGCUCAGCGAAUAUGGGUCAACUUGUCAACGAUAUAGACCGUAUAUUUGAAGAUCAAACCACGGUCUUUAAGUUAAACCUCUCCUUUGGUUUCGUAUUGUUUAACAACGAGACGCAACAAAUGCAAUAUCACCACCCCUCAGCAAAUAACAACCGUGUUUUCGACUCCCCAUUCCAAAUCCAUAACCAUGAGGAUUUGGUCCAAGUGCGUAGAGCGUUGGAAAACAUCGACAUUCAUGAAUGGGCUCGACAACAGCGUCCCAACUCCAAAUGGAUUGUCAUGGAUUUCACCAACGUUACCUUCUACGUCACCAAACUUCGAGACCAUCCCAUAGGCCGCAGUGUCCGACUACCCAAAUACAUACUGGAUAAUCCUGCCAUUGUGUCGUUGGAUUGUGAUGAUAACACAGGCUUGCCAUACGAAGACAAACUAUGCUUCUUUCGUUGUUUGGCCCUACACCGUGGAUGUCAUUCCAAAAAUUUAGAACGUGAUACUCAGCAUUUUUAUGAACAAUAUGACGAUAGUGACGACUUUGACGGUGUAACGUUGGAAGAAUUGCCCAAACUAGAAAAGUUAUUCGAGUUGAACAUUUUUGUAUAUCGGCUCGUGGAAUGUUAUGAUGAGGACAACGACACGACCUCCAUUGUGGCUCAACUGAUUCAACGAUCUCACCGUAGAUAUGCCAAUUCGAUGUACCUCAACCUAUAUGGUAGCCAUUUCAGCUACAUUAAGAAUUUGGCCAUGUAUUCCAAGUCCUACUGUUGUUGCAAAUGUGACAAAAUGUGGAAAACGGCAAAAGCCUUGAACCAGCACGAGCGAACAUGCGAAGCAACUAUACGUCAUGUUUUCCCUGGCGGUGCCUACAAAGUUCCACAAACCAUCUUCGAUCUACUGGCCGACGAGGGAAUCGAAAUCCCUGAAGACCUCAAGUACUUCCCUUAUCGUGCCACCUUUGACUUUGAGUGUUAUUUCAAACGUGAAACCGAACAUCCACGAAAUACAGCAAAGUUAACGUGGGAAGCCGAACAUAUCCCCUUGAGUGUCUCUGUUUGCUCCAACGUCCCUGGUUAUGAUCAACCCAAAUGUUUCGUCUCGUCUGGCAGUACAAGUGAAAUGAUCCAACAGUUCGUGGAAUAUUUGGUUGAGGUCAGCCGGGAAAGUUAUGGAUUGUUGCUGGACCAGUUCUCUGACGUUUUUCGUCAAAUUGAUGAACGAAUCAAUGAGGUAUAAUUCACACGUAUUAGAUUCUUAGUAUAUUUCUUAUCCUUAAUAUUUUUUCUUAUAUCUUAAGGUAGGGGAAAACGAGGUUAUGGAAGUUGCCGCGGGGGAGGAUAAUGAGGUAAAUUAUAGGAAGGUUACAUUUACACUUAUAUUCUUUAUAUUCUAAUAUAUCUUAUGUUUUAGCAAAAUACAGAGGAACAGAUGAUAGAGGAAAUGGUGGGAUGUUUGAUGGGGCUGAAUGAUGAGGUAUAUAACAUAAGGUUUGAGCUCAACAGUGGUCUUUCCAGUGCUUACCAUAUGUGUACCUUUUAGGUGAGUGAAGAUGUGUGUGGGGUAGAUGAAGACGAAGUGGAUAAAGACGUUGAAGAGAGAGUAAGUAUCACACUCAUGAUCCAUUUUAGCGGUUGUUAUAUAGAUUAGUAGGGAUGUGCAAGUAUCUUGCUUUUUACUUAUGACAUCUUUUCAUUUAUUUAGGAUGUGGUCCAUCCUCUACUCAAACUCCAAGAUAAAUUGUCAGAAUACUUACAAGAGCUACCAAUUCUUGGAUUCAACUCUGGUAAAUAUAAUAUUAACGCUGCGAAAAACCCCUUCUUUUCACAUCUCGUCAAACACGAACAAGUUAAGUUUGUGAUAAAAAGGAACAAUAACCACAUGUGUCUUAAGACUCAACACUUAAAAUUCCUCGAUAUCACAAACUAUCUGGCUCCGGGAUUUAGUUACGAACAGUUCCUCAAAGCGUACGAGUGCUCCCAGACCAAAGGCUACUUCCCGUACGAGUGGGUCGACUCCCUCGACAAACUCAAUCAUUGCUCCUUACCACCACGCGAAACCUUCCAUUCCACUCUAUCCGGAACCGACAUCACCGAGGAACAGUAUGAGUAUUGCCAGGGU